GCCUGUGCAUGACAAAUCCCAACCUGAUCUGUCAAGUGUGGUUCUGCUCCUCUCUUUGUUGUAGGCUAAAAGAUGUGUCCUAGGAAUCUAGCCUCUUGGAAGAAAUCCUGUUUAAAACUACGUAAUACAGCGGUCACUGAUGCAUUGUGACAGUUUCUGGUCUUUGCUGCAAAGGGAAGAUAAACAGAACCUAAUAUGCAGUAUUUAAAAAAACCUUAACUAUAGAAAAAGUCAGUUGGAAAGCAAAGGCAUGUAAUAUCUUUGAUAGUGAUACUUGUUUAUGUGCAAGUACACUUCUUUAUGAUUUUUUUUCAGUUAGGCAUUUGGGUGAUGGCCAUUUCUGACUAACUGAAAUGUUACUGUUAAAAUGUAUUUGUAUUUCAAUGAUGACUAAUCAAUUUAAAUAGCUAAGUCAUGCAUGUUCUUUUCAAGCAAUACACUUACGUAGCUAGGAAGAGACAUUUUCCACAAAGUGAACAAGGGAGUUGUUUUUUAUGUAAUAAACUGGACUGUCAAGAUGCUAAAGAAGGACUUGCUCUUGAAUUAGUAUCAGAAAAGACUGAUUUCUAUCAUCUGGCUACUAAAUAAUUAGGCCAUAAAAUUAACAUCUGAAUACUUGCAUCACAGAAUCAUACAGCUGGAAGGAGCAUCAAGAGUCAUCUAGUCUUAGCUACUACAAGGAUCCAGAACUUGCAAUUUUUAAACCAUCCUAGAUAGGGGCUUAUCCAGCCUUGGAGAACCUCCAAGGAAGAGAUCUACAACUUUUCCAGGGUCCUUGAGGCACAGUCAACCAGAGCUGAUGAACAUAGUUUUAUUUUGGAAUUAGGUGGCUGCUCUCCAAUCACAAGAUGUAUCUUGCUCUCCUGGUGAUCCUCUUACACUGUUCAAGCCUUAAAGCACGUGAAGUUUUUACCAUCAACAAGGUUGAAAUCCAGGCUGCCCCAUCGCUUCAAGUGCAUAAUGGAGAUGCACUUACCAUCCUCUGUACUGCAGACAUUAGCAAAUCUGGGAACUUCAUGAUAGAACAUAAUUUCACAUUUUUUAAGGAUGGCAGGAUUCUGUCUGAUAUCACAUCGUUGCAAAACAGGACAGAAUAUAAAAUACCGGCAGCUAGAUUUGCAGACACAGGAGAGUAUGUCUGCAUGGUGAAAGCCAAAGAAAAGAAAAAAAAAAGUGAAGUGAUGCUUGUUAAAGUCACUGGGCUACCCAAGCCAAAACUGACUGCUCUGAAAACCGAGGUAGCAGAGGGGGAGGAAUUAGCUUUGAAGUGCGAAGUUCCAGAAGAAGCUCCUCCACUUACUUUCACUUUCCAGAAGUUACUGACCCCUGGAGGGCCGGUAACAAGAACAAAGGAGGAGUUGGAAAAAAAUUUUACGACAGUAGAAUUUCUAGUUGAACCUGGGGAAAAAGUAUUGAGAUUUCUAUGUAUUGCCAGCGUGUAUUCAGCACAUGGUAUGCAAGAGUCAGCCCCAAGCAACGAGCAACUUGUACCAGUUGUGGAACACUUUUCAACUCCUAAUCUGGUCAUCGAGCCUUCCCUGAAUGUUACAGAAGGAGAUAAUGUUAAACUGGUAUGCAGAGUUGUAGUCCGAAACUAUGACAUUGAAAUCAUCAUCCAAAAAGACAAAGUAAUAUUGAGCAGCGCCAGGGGCCAGAACUUUUUGACCUACUUUACGAAAGUGAGGAUGGAAGACAAUGGCAAUUACACAUGCAAGGUGGAACUGGGGAGUGUUUCCAAAGAAAAGACCGUGAACAUGGUUGUGACAGAGUUGUUUUCAAAACCAGAAUUGAUUUAUCCUGCGAAGAUCAUAGAUGAAGGUGAUUGGUUACAACUGCAGUGCAAUGUUAAAGGCUUAUUACCCGUAACAAAGAUCUCCAUCAAAACAAGAUAUUUAGGAAAAGAUAACCUGUUGAAUGAUUCCAGCAGCUUCAUUACGAGAGCCCAUGUGAACGACACUGCGACCUAUAUUUGUACAGCUGAGAUUAAUGGAAUCAUUAAAGAGAGCGACCCUGUACAGAUAAAUGUUUAUGCUCCAGUCUCCAUCCCACAACUUUGGGUUGCCCCUUCUGUCCAUGAGGUGAUAUUAGGGGGAACAAUACAUAUUUGGUGUCAGUCUUUGUAUGGAACACCACCUAUAACAUACAAGUUCUUCAGAGGAAACAAAACGGUUAACUCUAGCCAAAUUUUUAAUAAACUACCCGCUGAAUUCAAGGACAAACCAACUGAAGUAGGCGUGGAACAAUACAGUUGUGAAGCUAGCAACCAUCACUCUCGUAUUAGGAAAAGGAGCAGAGAGCUAAAUGUCACAGUAAUAGCCUCUGUUGGGAAAGUAAACCUCUUCAGUGUGCCCAAAAUGGAAGUGGAAGACGGCAAAGGUAUCAGCUUUUAUUGCUACGUGGAAACAGGAUCUUUUCCAAUUAAUUUCAAAUUUUUUAAACGGAAUAACAGAAAACCCUUAUUUGAAGAAACAAACAUGGACACCAGAGUCGUGUCAUAUAAGAAAACAUUGAGUAGGCAGGACUCAGGAGAAUAUUUUUGUGAAGCCUCCAACCCAACCAACAAAGUCCAGCGAAGCGAUGAAAUAUCUAUUAAUGUCAUCCUGGCUUCCUGGCAGAAAGUGCUUAUUGCAGUAUUCGUCCUAGUCAUUUUUGUUAUACUGGCUUGCGGUGGUUGCUGGUGGUACUUACGGAAGAAGAGAAAGGCUAAACGUCCUUCCAUCGAGAUGUCUGGAUCUGCAGGAGUCACUAAUUCAGCUGGUGUGAAACUGGAAGCGAGACAGAACAGUGAUGGGCAAUACUAUCCUGGUUACAUGGAUGAUAGCGAAAAUCAUAUGAAAGCAACAGAUGAAAAUAAAGGACCUGAGCACGAGAUUACUGAGGUGGAGUAUACUGAAGUUGAAGUGUCGACGCCUGAUCCUCACAGAGCUCCUGUACAGAAGGGGACUGAACCAGUUUAUAGUGAAAUCAGAAAAGCUAAGAAUGAUUCUGGGGAAAACAGAUACUCUAAAAUUGAAAGUUGUCCUGAUGCCACUUAGAAUAGCCAGCUCGAAUAUCAACUGCUGGGAGAAAAACACAAAACCAAACCCAAGAUGGAAGAUGUUGCAUCUGUUUCAAAAAACUCUGUGACACUUAUUUAAGGAUUUGCCAGGCUCUUAUUUUUCAAUGUUUGUUUCCUCAGGGUGAACAAUAGAGAUGUUCCUAAAGCACUGAAUUAAAAAUUUGCAAAUAAAAGUGCUAAUGGGAAAAUGCCUAUGGUGACCAACAGCUUGAGUCCCCCUCUUCAAUUUCUUCCUCUAAACAGUUUUAUUUCUCUCAUUUCUGUUUUAUCCUGCCCUGGGAAAUGGGAGUAGAAGUGCAGCAGAGUAAGGUUGUGUCUACAAUGCAGUUACUGCUGUGACUACAAUGUGGGGUACAGAUACAUGAGCUAGCUUCAAGUAGCAGUGGGGUUGCGGCUGCUGGAAGCUCUGCCAACAUGGGUUUUACAGACUGUUUCGAGCUGCAGGGGACAGACUAUUACUGGUAGCCACACCAACUCUUUUAUCACUAUCUGUGCUACAUAGUAAUUGCAGCACUCUAAAUUUAUCUUGAAAUAUGGGCUCUUUUAAAACUUGGAUAUCCAUACUGAGAUUCAGAACUUCACCAAGUACACACAUCAGUAGAGAUGCAAGUUUUGGGGAUUUUUUGUUAAAUUGCUUCCCCUAGCUAAAAGUGUGUGGAUCAGUUUGCCAUAUUGAUUCUUUUCUGAAAGAAUUCCUGACAGAUCGCAGUCCAGUGACACAAAAUAUAAUCACAAACUAAAAGCUCCAGAAGCUGAAGUUCUUUGAGAAUGUAAAUUUGUCCCCGAUCUUGCACUCUAUUCCUUUGUUCCAAAGCAGAUUUAAUUGUGGGAUCUAGGUCUAGGUAAGAAGGUUGUCAUUUUAAAUGGCAAAUAUUCUUUAAAAAGCUAAACCAAAAAAAGAACCUAGUUAUUCAUACAGAGAAAUUACAAGGAUUUAUAUAUACAGAUAUAUAUAUAUAUGUGUGUGUGUGUGCGCGCGCUAACUGCUUUAAGCAUUGCAUUGAAGGCUCUGAGACAUCUCCUUUCAAAGGAAAAAAGGGUUUUUUUGGCCCCGCCCCCCUUGCCAGUCUAAGACUAUUCUGUUUCUUACAGACUAGUAUUUUUUAAUUUAUUUUUUCCCUAAAUAAAACAUUUAAACUUCUCACAGAUGAUUUUGUAGCAUAUUUCUGUUGGCAAAUGUAUAUACUAGCAUCCCACCAACCAUCAAAAAUGUUACCACAGUGAAUUUGAGAAGGUAUUUUAAUAAAGAAAUCUUUGAACUUAA